GCUCACCAGCUCACGAGCAAGCGAGGUGCAAGGACCGAGGGACCAACUAGUGGUCAUGGCCAAGCUUUUUGUUGUCCUCGUCGCCGCCCUCUUGGCGCUCCGUGCCGCGCCGUCGACGCUCGCCGGCGACCCCGGCAUGCUCCAGGACCUCUGCGUCGCCGACUACAACUCCGUCGAGGGCCCGCUGAGGGUGAACGGGUACCCAUGCAAGCAGGCGGAGAACGUGACGGCGGACGACUUCUUCUACGCCGGGCUGGCGAGCGCCGCCGACGUGUACGGCGGCGGCAACCCGAUGGGCUCCGUGGUGACCGCGGCGGACGCGGAGAGGCUCCCGGGCCUCAACACCCUCGGCGUGUCCAUGUCCCGCGUCGACUACGCGCCGUGGGGCGGCACGAACCCGCCGCACGCGCACCCGCGCGCCACCGAGAUCCUCUUCGUCGCCGAGGGGACGCUGGAGGUGGGGUUCGUCACCACCGCCGGCAGGCACAUCACCCGGGCCGUGCCCAAGGGCGGGGUCUUCGUGUUCCCGCGCAGCAUGAUGCACUACGAGCGCAGCGUCGGCGAGGCGCCCGCCGUCGCGAUCUCGGCGUUCGACAGCCAGCUCCCCGGCACGCAGAGGCUCGGCGAGGCGAUGUUCGGGGCGGCGCCGGCGGUGCCGACCGACGUGCUGGCCCGGGCGCUGCGGAUCGACGGCGGCGUGGUGGAGAGCAUCAGGUCCAAGUUCCAGCCAAAUUGAGUAGGUCCUGACUCACGACCACGUACGUGCGCCAAGCGUAAACGCGCAUGAAAAAAAAAGAAGAAGAAGCGUGUGUACGUAAAAAUUAGCGUGUGGUUCAUUUCGGCGCUUUGAUUGCACGGUAAAAAAAGCGUUUGUUCGUUCGCCUUUUAGGUGAAAAAAAACGUUAUUUGUUCGUUGUUGAGCUAUAUGCAGGUAUCGAUGGUUUUUUUUUUUUUUGAGGUAUCAAUGGUCUUUCGUAUGAUGUCCUAAGUUUGAUGUAAUAUUUGCAACGUGAGUUAAUGUAAUAAAUAAAUGCGUACAUGAAUAUUGUUGUUUUUGCGGAAGUGACCAUGGAUUUUCGGUGACUCAAUCCACACAAAGUUGUACUUCAGCUCCCCUCAAACAAAAAGUUGUACUUUAGUUGUUUAAAAAGUGAAGAUUUGCUAUUCCAACUUCAAAAGCAUACAUAUUUUUCUUGAAAGAUCCAGCAAAUUUCUAGCUUGAUUUGGAU